AUGAACGCUCUGACAUCCCAUCUUGAGCCAGAAUUAGUAAGAUGGCAGGUUAAAAGCCACACUCGUGAGGUUCCCACAACAGCCUUUGGCACCGUCGAAUUCCAGGGUGGACCGCAUCCCACUAAAGCUAGAUACGUGAGGAUAAGCUACGAAACGCCACCGGAGACUGUGGUGCAGCUGCUGCUGCGGGAGUGGCGUCUGCGUGUGCCCAGCUUGGUCAUCUCGGUGCUGGGAGGUCUGGCCAAUGCCCCGCUUCAAGCCAAGUUGGGCUCCGUGGUGAAGCGGGGUCUCUUGAGAGCAGCCAAAACUACCGGUGCGUGGGUCAUCACCAAUGGUCUGGAUACUGGAGUGACUCGGCAUGUGGGUGAGGCACUGGGCGAGGAGGUACAUGUUCGUGGUUCCAAAAUUGUCGCUCUUGGUAUCGCGCCUUGGGGUGUGGUGCAGCAGCGCAGCAUGCUCAUUGGUAUUGAUGUGAGUCUUUUUCUCCUUAAUCUAUGCUUUCCCUUUUCAAUAUUAAAUGAUUUUCAGCUGAAUUUAUGCAAACGCCUCUCCUUCAUUGUUCACACUUGUCAGUAUCACGCUCAGGGCACGUUAGCGGGCAGACAAGAGACAGCCCUGAAUCCGCAUCACAACUACUUCUUGUUGGCUGACAAUGGAACAUCGGGCAAGUUUUCUACUGCCGAAAUCUGUCUCAGACGUCGUCUUGAACAGUACCUCGCUCAGCAGCCUAUUGGUCUGCGCAGAUUAGGUGGGUUACCUUGCCUUUCGUACCCACAAAGUGGAGAGUGGAUUUGGCACUACCUGUAUCAGUAG